AUGCUUUAUUAUUUCUCUCAUCCACUAAAGGUGCAAAAUAUAAACUCUAGGCUGAAGAAACAGUUGAUAAGACUAUUUGGUACCAAAACAACACAAGAAAAUAAAAGGAAAUCAACAUCUGAUGUCUACACAUUUUUGAGAAAACCACACUUGGUACAAGUAGGACAAUAUAUUCCUCCACAAUAUAAAGAUGUUGUUAAAUUUGAAAAUGCUGAGCACUUUUAUUUAAUAUGUCCAGAGGCAGCCAAACAAGUUGUAUCACUUGUGUUACCUUCAGUUGACAUGAGUGGGCACCAACUUAUUGCUGAAACUAAUGCUGGGUUAGGACUGAUAUCUACAGAACUGUUGGAAAAUGGUGUUCAGAGAGUUAGAAUGUAUGAAUCUUGUCCUGAUUUUCGAAAAGAAUUGAUGAAUUUCAAUGAAGUUUAUCCUGGACGUAUUGAGUUAUUCACAAAAGAUAUAUUCCAGUUGCCUAGAUUUGCAUAUAUUGAUAACAUGGAUAAUGCUAACAGAGUCCACUCACUGUUAAAAAAUGUGCCAAAACGAGCAUGGAUUGAUGAGCCCUCAAUGACAAUUAUUGGGUUCAUCUCCAGUUUGACUUUUAUUAAGUAUUUGAUCAAAUCAUUGGCAUUGCAAAGUGGUCCCAUAAGCUAUGGUAGAAUACAAUUGUUUGCAUUCAUGAAACAUAAAGAUUAUGCAAUUUUGACUGCUGGACCUGAAGAAAACUUGAAUGUUUAUCAGGUUGUAUCUAUACUAUUCAAUAUGUUGUUUGAUUAUGAACUGAUUCAGAGAUUUCCAAGGGACAUAUUCCUCCCAUGGGAACAUCAUAGUAAUAAACGUGUAUAUGUAAAAAACCACAAUCAUGAUGAAAUAUAUUUGGUGAAAGUAAAUUACAAGAAAGAUCUACCAGUUAAAAUUGAACAACUGUUACCUCUUUAUUUUUUCAUCAGACAAUUUUAUGGCAAAGGCAAUAAAAAAAUAAUACCAACAAUAGAGAAAUGGGUCCCAGAUUGUGGAAGGAAUAUUAUUGUUCCUACACUAGACCAUGAGAUGUAUUUUGAAAAUAUAAAUAUCUUCACAAGAUUCAGAGAACUGACACCUACCCAAAUAUUAAGUAUUUUUAUGGAAAUGGUUAAUAAUCCUACUUAUAAAGGUAGCCCUUUUACUGCUAUGAUAGAAAAUUCAUUGCUGAAGACUGAAACAGUGGAGACUUAUAUUGCAGAUGCAACACUGGAGAGGAAUUUUAUAGAAGAUAUGGAGGAAAAGUUUGAUUAA